AUGGCGGAUCAUAAUAUCGUCCAGUAUUCGCCUGCUUACCUUGCAGAGGACAGGCGCCCUGCACUCCUGAGCGUGGCCGUCGCAUUUCUGGUUCUGGGCACCGUCGCUGUCAUCUUACGGUUUGUUUCUCGUCGGAUUGGUCGGGUCGGUUGGCAUCACGAUGAUAUCUUUAUUGUUGCUGGCUGGAUAUUCUAUGUGGCUUUUAUAGCCGUUGCCAUCGGUGAUGUGCAUUAUGGCGGCGUCGGCCUGCACCAAGUCCGCGUCAUGGCCAUCGACCCCGUCAUGUUGACGAACUGGGCCAAGUUCCUGCUGGCGAUCGCCUUCAUCUACAUCUUCGCCGUGAUCCUCCCCAAGCUCGCCGUACUCAGCCUGUACAUCUCCAUCUUCAGCCGCCACCGCCUCUCCCGGCUGACCUGCUACAUCACCGGUGCCUUGAUGAUCGGCAACUGCAUCGGCUGCGCGGCGGCCGGCUUCGCGGUGUGCACACCGCUGCGGAAAUUGUGGGAGCCCAGUGUCCAGGGUCACUGUCUCAACAUCAAUGCGUGGUUCCGGUACUCGCGGAUCGUGAAUAUCGCGUCGGAUGUGGUGAUGCUCGUGCUGCCUAUUCCGCAUGUGGUACGCUUGCAGUCAACGAUACGGUUGAAGGUGGGCUUGCUGAUCACGUUUCUUCUGGGGAGUGUUGGUCUCAUUGCCGGCCUCAUCGCCCUCUUCGCUGUCAGCACCACCAACGCCGUCUCGGAUAACACCUGGUCGGCAGCAUUGCUGCUCAUCUGGACCAUGGUCGAGUUGGGCAUGUACCUUGUCGCCUCGUGCUUGAUCUCGUACCAGCCGCUGGCUAAGUUGAUCUGGCGGAAUACCUGGCGUCGAUGGCGCGGCCAGAAGGACAGCUCGCUGGACCAGGAAGACAGUCAUAUUCGUGUGCACACAAAUAGCACACUGGCCAGCCAAACCCAUGGAAGGGUAAAGGGAGACGAUGCGUAUUUGGAGUUAGUGACAACCAGGGAUCGUCAUAAUAGGCACUGGUCCGCCGGAGGGAUCAUGGUUGAGCGUCAAGUGAUGAUUGACUGA